UAUCACGUGACAUUGGCAGACGCGCCGACGCGCGUUUUGGGCGUAUUUUGUUCUCUUUCCGUCAAUGUACUGGCGAGCGUGCCGUUUUAUCCACAUCCACGAGACCAGUGAUACGUAGCCAAACCAGCAUCGAUCCUUCCGGAGUUUGUUACACGUGAACCUCAUUGCGGGUGAUUGACACGCUUUCGUCUUUGUCUCGUUCAUCGCUGUCGUGCAAGCAUGUCGGAUUCUCUACCUGCCGACGCACCGGCUCCGCGACUAUGCCACCUAGUCAAGAUUCCCACUUUCGAAGGCUAUGGAUUCAAUCUGCAUGCCGAGAAAUCGAAACCCGGACAGUUUGUCGGCAAAGUGGAUGCCAACAGUCCGGCCGAGUUGGCCGGGAUGCAGGAAGGGGACAGGAUCGUCGAAGUGAACGGUGUCAACAUCGCCAGCGAGAACCACAGGCAGGUUGUUGAACGGAUUAAGGCAGUCCAGGAUGAAACCAAGUUGCUCGUGGUAGACAGUGUGACCGAUGCGUGGUACCGUGAACAUAAGCUUGUUCCUAGAAGCACGCAGAAGAACGUUAUUUACAACCGAACGCCAACUGAUGGUCCGCAGCAGCAGAACGGGCACGCAACGAACCAGGUCGUCGAGAACGGGUCUGUGCUUCAAAAGGGCGCAGCUGACACCACAGAGCUCCCUGCGGAUGCUCCAGUGCCACGACUGUGUCAUCUGGUUAAAUGGUUGGAUUUUGAGGGUUAUGGCUUCAACCUACAUGCGGAAAAGGACAAGUCGGGACAGUUUGUGGGCAAGAUCGACUCCGGGAGCCCAGCGGAAUAUGCUGGACUUCGUGAGGGAGAUCGUAUUGUGGAGGUCAAUGGGGCCAAUAUCUCCAGUGAGACACACCGGCAAAUCGUUGAACGCAUUAAGCUGGUACCAAAUGAAACCAAGUUGUUGGUGCUGGACCCAGAGUCAGAGAAGUGGUACAAGGCACACGGCAUUGUUGCUAAAGGCACACAGGCAAAUGUACUGUAUAUUAAGAACCCAGAACUUAACCCAGCCACACAAAAGGUAGAACCGAAGAUUGAAACCCCAGUCCCUGUAGAAGAGCAGGUCAAGACAGAAGAGCAGGUCAAGACAGAAGAGCAGGUCAAGACAGAAGAGCAGGUCAAGACAGAAGAGCAGGUCAAGACAGAAGAGCAGGUCAAGACAGAAGAGCAUGUCAAGACAGAAGAGCAGGUCAAGACAGAAGAGCAUGUCAAGACAGAAGAGCAUGUCAAGACAGAAGAGCAUGUUAAGACAGAAGAGCAUGUCAAGACAGACGUUCUGCAGGAAGUGGAAUCGAACCACGAUUUAAGGGAAGAAAAUGACGAACAAAAUUCUUCAUCUGAAGCGACAACAAAGUCGGAAGGAAGUCCCCCUACAUACACAGAAGCCAGCAUGACAGUGGAGAGCGUUGCCACAACGCAUCAAGUUGAAAACUCUACCAAUGUGGUCGAUGCACCCCCCAGAGUGGAGGCGUCACACGUAGAGCCACCAAAGGAAGAACCACCAAAGGAAGAGCCACCGAAGCCACGAUCAGGUGACCUCAACCUCAACAUGAGUGCCUCGGAGAUGCGACAGCUGUUAGCGCAGCGGAAAAAGCACGACCCCAAAAAGGUUCCCAUGGACCUCAAGAAGAAAUACGAACUUAUUGAGCAGAUGUGAAUGAGAAUGCACACACUGUAGAGUUGUCUUUUCUUGUAAGGUUUGAAAACGUCGGGAUAUGUUGUAACUAAGUCGACUUAUGAUAAUGGGCGUCUGAAGCAAGUGAGAAAUGGAGUACUUUAAAGGGACAGUCUCAUCCGUUCCAGUCCAUUUCAAAACUAUUGCGUCAUUUCAUUCCUCGUUGACCACUGACCACGAAAAAAAUUAGCCAAAUAUAUUGUCAACCGAUUCCGAACAAAGUAGUAUCUGUUUCAAUAGAUGGGUUUCUGGAUGCGACCGUCCCUUUAAAGAGCUGCUCAAUCCAAUGUCGAGUCUACAUAGAAUGUGCCUAGCACUGACACGCAUGAGGUCAUUAGAAAUGGGAAAUUUACCUGCAUCCCUGUAGUGUGCAUGGAAAACGGAACAAGUGCUUGAUGUGGACUCUUAUGCAGUAAAAAAAAAAUAUAUAUAUAUCGGUAGCUCUUUCUGGCUAUGUCUCGACAUGAAAAUAGGUGACCCAGAAAAUGGCGCUUCUCAUCUCAAGUUAGAUAAUGUUUGGCUUAAGAAUACAAAGAUUGACUAUAACGUGUGUUUUUACUUCCAUUGCCAUAGGACAGUACGAUUGUAGGAUAGCAGUAAAGCAGCAUGGGUCACUGCAUGGAACCCCGUAUCAGUGCAGCGUGUGCAAUAUUUUUGAUACAGUCCCAAGUGUCUCAUAGCCUAAAGUGAAGCCAUGUCUGAGCAGUUCUCAUUCUCCUGGCGUUUCUUAUGGUGCAGGCACCUGUUUUUAAGGUAACAACUGUUAAUGAAAUCAAUGAGCCAUAAUCAAUGACCAAGCAUUAGCUGUAAUCAAAAUAUUAGCCAUAGUCAAAGGUUCAGCAUGUACCGUAAUCUAAUGAGCAAAAUGUGUUUCAUUUCAUGCUUUUGAGCGCUCUCAUCAUUCCUUCUGAUCUUAUGAUGCACUUUAUCCUCUCGCAGUCACCUCGCAUUCAACGAAAUGUACGCUUUAAUGGGCAACUGCCCUGAGAUAUGCGAAACAAAAACCUUUUAAUAAGUUCACAAGAUGGACUCGCGUUUGACUACCAGGUAAACGUGGACCAUAAUUCCUAAAAUUGAGGACACUUAUGAUAGUUCGACCUGGUGUGGUGUUAUGAACCCCUUUUGCUUUUUCUUAAAAUCCUCGUAAUCGGGCUGAACCAUAAUGUAGGAUGGUAGAUAAAUUAAUUUAAUCUCUGCGCUGCAAGAGGUCUACCACUUAGUCAUCACUUCCCCGAUUAGUGUUCCGAAUGCCACUUGCCAAGAAUGCUGCUUCCAGUUUCAAGUAGUUCUUGGUUUAACGUUUUGAGGGAAAGGGCUCUUUAACUAGCAGCACAUGAAACCUGCAAUUUUUUUUUCCAUAUAUCGUAACUUUUUUUUUUUCAGAAAUUAUGGGUACAAUACAUGUGCUAGGUUACCUGCAGGAAACAGGCUGUACUUGCAGUCAUGCUUUCUAGAUUUUUAAAUGCAAUGCCAUUUCUUUAACACACUUUCGAAGCCUCGUCGCACCAGUUUGGUUGCGGCAAAGAAGGGCCCCUGCUCUUUUCCCUGCCUCGUAUGUUGUGCUGCUCAGGUUAGAAAAGUUGAGAAAAUCAGCACAGCAAGUCUCGCGUGAUGUCUCACAUGUACACUGUAGUGCAGUGAGACAAAACCAGUAUCCCAUGUAGUAGGAUCCACGGAAAUGUUGUGCAGAACAAAAUGCAGGGGUGUUGCAAGUGCUGUACUGCCUCGGCGAAGAAAUGCAGAGAAGUCCUAGAAAGAGCAGAUCACUGCCAUUUCUCCAGAAAAGGGAACGGAAGGGGGUUUUCACUCGUAAAGUAACAGUGCAGGAUAAAAACUGAGAGAGGCGAACUGCAGGAUUAUGUACCCGCCACUUCUAGGAAUGGUGGCUGUUGAAGUGUUUUUUUCUUAUUGUUUGGGCUAUGAUAUAGCCAGUUUUUACACAAAAAUUAGGCAUAUUAUUGCAGUGCCAUGUGUGUGUUUGUGUAAUGAAAACUAUUGUUAUGUGAAAGAAAUGUUGACCGUUUCCAUGUUGGUAUUUUGUGCCCAGUAUGCUGUGGUUAUCAGCCACUGGUUCUUUGAUGUACUUAAAUGUGCAUCAUGUCCUCACAUAUUAUGGGACCAUAUUACUUCUGUAGUACUGCAGUGCAUUUGUCAGGUAUGCACAUGUUGCAGUGCUUACAAUAGAACAAUUUGUGCCUGAACCACUAAUGCUAUCAUCUGUAAUUUUCCAACUGAUAGAAAAUAAUUUUCUUACCGUCCAACAUGUUGUGGCAACAUUUUUGUUGUUUUUAGGACUUUACUGCUCCAAGCAUUCAGUUCCAUAUUUUUGAUACAUGAACAAUAUUUCUUGAAGUUGUUUGUUAGCACAAGACUUAAGUGUACUUACUGUUUAAUUAAAUGGGAUUUUACUCUUUA